AUGACCACGACAUUCGCGGCGCAGUUACGCACCAUCGCCGCAAACUCGACAAACGAGUUAGACCUCCGUGCUCGUCGAGACGCCCAUGGCGAAUCCCUCAUUUUCGAACGAAAUCUAGCCGUCCAACAGGAUUGGGAGACUGUAUAUCAAAUAUGCGUCGAUGGUUUCCAGGAGCUGUGUCGGUUAGACUCAAGACUUCGAGAGUUCGAUCAGAAUCUCUACAGCCCACAAGCCAAGAACCAGGACAGAGAGCAAUUGAACAAGACGCAAAAUGAGGCUCUCGGAGUCGUCAUUGAACGAUGUCUUGCACUUCUGGGGGGGAAAGUCAUGCUCCGCCCUGGCGUUAGAGCAGUGGAAUGGCUUGUGAGAAGGUUCCGCGUGCACGUUUACAAUACCAGGGCGUUUCUUCUGACAUUCCUUCCCCAUCACGAGGCACCCGUUUUUCGAAACGUGUUGAGCAUUAUUCCGGCCAACAAGAUCACGGGCGAAUGGAAGUUCCUUGGACCCUAUCACAAAGUCGCCGCCAACAUUCCCCGCCACGCACUGGUGUACACCGCUACACACGAUGACGCCUUCUUUUCGGUCUUCAACCAUCACACUCUCCGUGUCUGUCAGGAAGGCGCAAGUUACCCACAACUUCUACGCUUCUGGGGCAGUAUCGUCGUUGAAUCGGUUAGAGGCAGGCUGAAUCAAGUCAAGAGCGGCAGAAAGGAAGUUCAGAAACAACGGUUGGAAGAUGCAUUAUUAAAGAUCCUUCCUGCGCUCAGCGAAGGACUGGGAAUCAAAGAUUGCGCCGAAUUGACAUUCAGCUGCUUUACGAUAUCUCUGGUUUUGUCGAGCAACUCCGAGCUCGAAGACCGUGUGAUUGAUUCGUUAGUCAAGGCUAUUUCACCGUUCAUUACCGAUGGCGAAGUUGAUCCGAAAUCCACCUUAGCUUGUUUGUGCAUUCUCGUGGCAAGAAAGACGGAGAAGAAGGUUUCGAAAGAUGUUCUUGAGCGUUUCAUGAAGAUCAGCAAUUUGCAAGGCCGACUUCUCGAGUUGAGAGCACAGGUUCCUGUGGAUGCAUUGUGCGAAUCGCUAAUUCGUUCGUCGCUCACGGGACUGAAAAUCUCGAAUCUUAAUUCAAGAUUUGGAUUCGUCGAGAAGGUUUUUGAUAUAAGCCUUGAGCUGUUUGAACCCUCAUCGUCGAGCGGUCUUGUUGCCGUCUUGCUUCGGAAACUCCAGAAUACAUCUUCCACGAAUGCUCUCGAGUCAGCCAUCCGAGCCCAUGUAAUUCGGCUGCUACAGAAGCUGAACGAGUCUGCAUCGUUGUCGUCUACAUUCUACCAAGCCGUGGAAUUGACAGACCAAUCCUUACCCGAGGUUGAAGCAAUAAUUGAGGGAACUAUUGAGCCGGCCACGUCUGUUCUCAUUAAACCAGACCUCGUGGAUGUGGAUGGGUUGCAUGCUGAAACGGAGUCAGAUCCUGAUAAGGCGGAGCAAAUGUUGGCCGUGCUACCCUCACAGUCUACCGAACUAUCAUUUCUGAAGCCAAAUCAUUCAACGCUAUUCGAUCAACUUGUUCAGGUUUUCGAACUCUGCCACAAGACUGAAGCUAAUCUGGCUAAAUUUCAGGACCUGGCAUUGUGGCGUCAGCAAACAAGAAAACCUUCGGACCUGCAAACGAGUUUCCUUUUGAGAGUUGCGAACCUUGCUCUUCCAGUUUCCGAGCGGGCCUCAGCCCUUCGGAUGCUCUCAAGAAUGCUCGAGAGAGAGCCUCGAUUAGACUGUCAAUUGCUGCUGCCCUAUUUGACAGUUCUCCUCGCUGAUCCCGCACGACCGAUAAGGCGAGCUACCGUGACUUGCUUAACGACUAUCCAAAAGUGCAUGUCAGAGAAUUCUGAAGCAGAGAGCAGCACCCAGAAAGAUCCGGAAACAAUGUAUGACGGUGUGACAAUGGCACAUGUCAAGCGAAUUCCUCCCUUGCAAGUAGUCAAACUUUUAAGUCAAGUCUAUUUGCCGACCCUCGAGGAAUGCAUUCUAGAUGGCUCCCACAUUCGGAAGGUAUUACAGAUAGCUCUCGAUGGCCCGUCUCGUCCUUUUUCGGCUGGAACAAAGACAUGGAAUAUCGAGUUGAAGAAGUCGUUGAAGCAGAAUUUGUACGACCUAUUGACAAGCUGUGCAGUCAACUGUCCCCUUACAAGGGUCAAAAUUGGUGUCGUUGAACUACUCAUCGACGUUCACAAGGUAGGCACCACAACCACCAGCAAGGCCCUGACGCCAAUCCUGAGAGAUUGGGCAUCUUUGAGCGACACCGAUGCUACAUCCAUUGCCAUGGUGGAAGGCCUGUCGCUACCUCAAAUCGAUACGGUGAUGGUCCAGCUCAUCAAUGCACGCGACAAGGAAGCGGUCGAACACGCCCUUGCCAUGCUUGAGGAAGAAAAGCUUCAGCCUAGAUUGGACUUAAUCGAGGCGUUUUUUGGUCGAAUCGCUGCGAUUUGGAAGGAAAUGCGCCAUGAGUCUCAAAUCUCAUCAGCGGUACGCCUUUUCGAUAUGUCAUUUUCGGACACGCCGUCUCACGCGAGAGGAAGUCGUCAUGUCCUGCAUUCUGUCACGCAUUCCACCGAUGUACUUGCCACCCUACUUGAUCACGCUUGUUCUGGUCUGGCUCAAAUGCAGAUGGAGGUGCCGCCCAAAAAAAGACGCAGAAUAAGCCAUGGCCGCGAAAGCAUACCGAAAGAAAUGAUGCUUGAAUUGCACGUCGCAGGCUCGAGGCUGACAUUUGCGCUUGAGAUUGUCGAAAAUUCCCAGCCUGAGUCCCAUCCUCAGCUGUUAGGAAAUUUGUUCGAAGUCCUCAUCACUUUGAGGCGACUUAAAGACAAGAGCGCGUCAGAAUCUCCAUACUUGUUCACGCUGUGCCUGGGCAGUAUCCUGGCUAUCAUUGACAAGGCACGGGAUUCAAGGAAACCAAAUAUUGAUAUGUCCAGCAUUCGUGCCGACUUAGUCAUCGAUUGUGUUCGAUCAUCCGAAAAUCCUCAGGUUCAAGCCACGGCUCUACUCCUCUCAGCAUCUCUAGCGUCUUUGGUCCCCGAUAGAAUUUUGCACACCAUCAUGCCAAUUUUUACAUUUAUGGGUCACAACAUCUUGUCAAAAGACGAUGAACGAUCAAUUUAUGUUACCAACCAAGCAAUAGAUCAGAUAAUUCCACCUUUGGUCUGCACUCUGAAGAGGCAGGAUGCAAGCAACCUAGUCCACUCUACUUCAAGUCUCCUCUCAAGCUUCGUUGCCGCUUACGAUCAUGUUCCUCAACACCGCCGAGUGGCAUUUUACCAGAGGUUGUUGAACCGACUGGGCGCAGAUGACUUCUCAUUUGCAAUAAUUGCAUUACUUUCCUCCAGACGACAUCAUCAAGAUAUGUCGACAUUCCUGUCCAGCUUGAUGGGUGUUUCAUCCGCUGCAACCCAACUCUUGACAUUCAGAAAGAUCAUCGAGUUAGUCACGGACAUCUUUUCCCAAAAUCCUCACAACGCCGAACCAUUACUAGACAUCACCAGGUCUAGUAAGAAUGACAAGAGAGAGCGUGAAGCAUUAGUCCUCUUGAGAACUGCUUCGAAGCUCCUUGAGCCGAAAAGAUUGAAGUCUCAAGUCAAGGAAAUGUGCAAGACGGACGAAGCUGAAACACGACUAUUGUGGACCGAGUUCAAACUCUGCAUUCCCAAAUUAUUGGCUAUGAUGAAGGACCAAAAGGCCAGCCAUCCAUCUUUGACCUCCUCGACCAAGACGUGUCUGAGUGCACUGCUUGAACUACCUUCUCUGGCAGAAUUAUUGCAUAUCACGCCAGACCUUUUGCAGGAAAUGGAACAAGUCGGAGAUCAAGAGCUCCAACCUCUUGUACUGAGAGUUCUGGCCACACAACUUCAACAUAACGCACCGAAAGAUACCAAGACCCAAUCUGAGGCAAUCUCUAUCCUUCUCACGAUCGAGAAGGUCAUCACAACCACCAAGGAUGAGCAGUUCCGACACGCCGCAAUCACUUGUUUGGAUCGAGUUGUCGAAAUCUAUGGUCGCAAGAGUCCUGAGGCGAUCCUGUCCACUGUCUCCUUGCUCAUCGACAGGGAAUAUGGUCUCAAAUCCCCAGAUUCAAGGACCCAAAUCAUGUCUCUUCUCUGCCUGGCUUCAGUGAUGGAAGUUCUCAAAGAAGCAGCAGUUCCUAUUGUGCCGCCAGCAAUGACCAACGUCUUGGAUCUCUUGAAAGCGAGCCUGAAAGACGACAUCUGGAAUGCGGAACUGCACAAUGCCGCGUUCGCGCUAAUUUCGUCCUUCAUCUCUCACGUUCCAUUCAUGAUUUCGGAUGGAAAUGUGGCGGAGAUACUACACACAUCCUACCAGUCAUCGACAGCCAAAUUGGAAGCAUCCUGUAAAGAAUCUAGGACAGAGACGUUGAAUCUUCUCGCGCACAAGAUCGAUCUGGUCAGCAUUGCGACAGGUCUAAAUCAAGUGUGGAAAGCUCUUUCAGAUAAGAUCGAAGCUGAAGCGGUAAUGGAGUACCUCGACCUACUCUCACAGGCCAUUGAGCGGAACUCCAAAUCCACAGUCGCGCACUCCGCAGAUGCAGUCUCUACAUUCGUCCUACAAGUCUUGGACCUCCGACGUCCACGUGCGUCGAGUGGUGGUGAAGAGGACAAGAACAACCUCCAUGCAGAAGUCAUCGAGCAAAUCGAAUCCAAGCUUCAGGCUUUGGGCAUCACAUUCAUCUACAAGCUCAACGACACGACUUUCCGCCCCGUCUUCGAAAGCUGGAUUGACUGGGCGAUGCAGGGUUCCGAUCUCUCCGUCGCUUACUCUGAUCAAGCAAAGACAGCACGACUAACGAGCCUAUUCAACUUCAUCGGCCACUUCUUUGCCACACUCAAGAGUAUCGUGACUUCGUAUGCAAGCUACAUACUCGACGCGGCCAACGAGAUUCUCCGCUCCGUGACCCAAGAAUACGCCACGGGCGAUAAAGGUGCCUCGGUCUCAGAAGCCUCGCUUGCGCUGUAUGAAUCAACAUUGCACCUCCUCACGGCAGCCAUGACACACGACGCCGACGGCUUCUUCGCAUUCCCAGCCCAUUUCUCACCUCUUUUCAAUUUACUCGUAGCAGCCCUAAAGCUAUCAUCCGCGAAGCUCAAGGCCUUGCGCAAUACGGUGUCGACAAUGGUGAUUCCGGCCCUCGUCUCGCUGGCGACCGCGACGCAAGAUACGCCCGCGCACCACCAUGCGCUAAACCACGAGUUAUGUCAACUACGCCACCACGGCUCUAGUGCUGUGCGACUAGCCGCGAUCCGAACGCAGCUGGCGCUUACGCAGGCCGAGGACGUCGGUGAAGAGUGGGUAAACAAUGUCGUCGUGGGCACGACGAGCACCAACACGGAAGGUGGCGGAGGUGUUGGAGUAGGUGGUAGUGGUGAGACCAUGGUGUAUGUUAAUGAGAGUCUGGAGGAUGAUGAGGAGGAGGUUGAGUCCGAGGUGCGAAGGUGGGUGAAUAUUGUUAGAGAAAUGGUAGGGGAGGAUGUUUUUGAGGUGUAA